AUGACGUAUGAUUUCAUCAUCGUCGGAAGCGGAUCGGUCGGUGCCGCCGCGAGCUUCUAUGGCACCAAAGCCGGCCUGAAGGUCUUGGCGAUAGAUUCCGGUUGCCCACCGCAUGACAUAGGGAGCCACCACGGCAGCACGCGUAUCAUUCGACACGCAUACGGCGAGGGCUUAGCCUACGUGCCCCUGGCGCUGCGGGCGCAGGCACUGUGGGAGGAGCUGGCCCGCGAGUCGCAGACGGACAUCUUCCACCGCGCCGGCGUCCUCAACCUUGGCCCGGCGGGCACGACCUUCAUCACCAACGCCGCCGCCGCCGUGCACAAGCACGCGCUGCCGGGCUGCCAGGUCCUCUCGGCCGAGGAGGUCCGCGCUAAGUGGCCUGGCGUCGCCGCGCCGAACGGCUACAUCGGCGUCUUCGAGCCCCAGGCCGGGUACCUGCUCUCCGAGAACGCGAUCGAAGCAUUUGUCAGGCUGGCAGGCAAGGCAGGCUGCACACAGCUGUUCGGCCUGCCCGUGACCGAGAUCAAGCACACCACUGCCAAGGGUAGUGGCAGGAGCAGCGUUGAAGUCGUCACCGCCGACGGGCAGCGGCACCAGGGACGCAAGUUGCUGAUCAGCGCCGGGACAUGGGUCAAGAAACUACUGCCCGACCUGCCCGUCACACCCGUCCGCAAGAUCUUCUCCUGGCACGAGGCUGAAGGGGCCUACUAUGAGGACGAAGGCUUUCCCGCCUUCGUUGUCCAGCUGACAGACAUGACGCAAUACUACGGCUUCCCAGCAACCGCCGCGAACGGGCUGAAGGUCGGGCGGCACGACAGCGGCCAACCCAUCGAGACGCACCAGCAGCGCCUGCCAUUCGGAGCGUUCAAUGAGGAUAGCACCGAGGUGUCCGGCUUUCUGCGCUGCAUGCUGCCUGGCGUCGGGGUGCCUCUGCGGGGCGCCGCGUGCACGUACGACAUGUCGCCGGAUGAGGACUUCAUCGUGGACACGUUGCCGGAGAACGAAAAUGUCAUGUUUAUUAGUGGCUUGAGUGGUCACGGCUUCAAGUUCGCCAGUGCCCUCGGGGAGGCAGCGGCGUCUUUUGCAACGGGAAACGAAUUCGAUGUGGACCUUUCUCCUUUCCGCAUGAGCAGGUUCAAUGUGGAAACGCCUUAG